UUUAAUCUGGUUUAUAUCUCCACCACCUCGAUUGAACUCGGUUUGGUUCAUCUCUGGUUUAAUCUGGUUUACAUCUCCAUCACUGUUUCUCUCGUGAAACAAGCGAUUAACAGCUAUUGUGGGAGUGGAUGAAGAUCAACAAUGGCGAAUCUGCUCCAUCUUCAGCUAUCUUCUCCCUCUUCACCUCUAAAUACUUCCUUCAGACACAGAUACUGUACUCUGAAUUGCGAGAUUGAUCUCUGGAGAAGCUUCCUGAGCCGCGGCUCCGUCCAGUGCCGCGCUUCUCGCGGCGGACGGUUCAGAUUCCGUGCGGAGGAUGAGCUCUUUCGCGACGGAGGGUUUGAAUUUGGAUACAGAAAGAAGAAGAGGCCGUGGUGGUGGCUCGACGAAGAUGAUGAUGACGACGACGACGACGAAGACUGGAGUAUGGUCUUUGAGGUGUUCAGGACUUUAAGUUGGAUGCUUGCACCCAUAGGCAUAUCUUUGCUUCUUGGAACAGAGUCAGACGCGGGUUUAAUGGCACUAGCUGUUCCUAUAGUGCAGUCUUUAUUGUCACUUGUGUUUAGUAAGGUCUUGAGCAGGCCGAGUGUUGUUAGACCUAUAGAGCGAAGCAGAAGAAGAGGAACGUUUUCAAGAACUAGGAAAGCUAAAAACAUGGGUGGUGGUGGUGGUGGUGUGGAUAAGGAAGGAUACAAGUCAUGGAUGGUAGGAGAUGUUGGUGAUUAUAACAGCACAGGUUCUAUGUAUGGAGGUUGGGAUGAUCUAGAUAAGAAAAAUGAGAUUCCGUUUGAAGAGAAUGUUCGUCGUCCGAAGCAAGAGUUCAAGAGAGGAGAUGCUACUCGACGGUGGAGAGUUAAGGAGAAGCCAUUGCUCUUGAGGAUGAUAUUCGCUGCUUUCCCCUUUCUGAGUUCAUGGACCAGAUUGUUAUUUUGAUGAGCUCUUUAUAAGCUGUAUAUUCUUUCAAAUGAAACCAAUCUUCCUGGAAUCCUAUAAAAGGUUAGCUUCCAUUCAUCUUGGAACAUAGAAUACAUGCCUUAGCUGUGAUAAACAAUACAUAUUCUGUAAGUUUGAGAAUAUAUAUGCCUGUCAGUUUAUAUAAA